AGUAGUGUCGUGCCGUGCCGUGUUGUGAGCAACAAUCAAACAUCGCGUGCCAUCCUAGUAGUACACGUUGUGAAGUGUCAUGUGAUUAGAUAUCCGCAUCUCACUGUCUUGGGAUUUAUUUGUUUUACGAAUGAUGGCUCUGGGGCCGGCGGGUCCAGUGUGGCCGCCCUGGCAUUGUAGACGCCGCCACACCUUCCCUACACACUCCAGAAGGAGCCGCAGCAGCAAGCGGUGGCGGAGACGCAGGCAGUGGUGGCGAGUGUCACCACACUCUCUGUCAGACUCCAGCUGUAGCUCGGAGGACGAGAGUACAUCAACACUGACAUACCGGCACCAUUCAGACACUGAGACCAACAUGCCGGGUGGAUUCGAGAACUCUGCGAUGAAGUCAAGUUUUUCCCUGUCCUCGCUGCAGCCCUCUAGUGCAAGUCUAGAGACUCCUGAACAUGCGAGGCCAGAGAGACCUUACAACUCCCUCAGGAAAACUUGCAGAAAAGAUCCCGAACAAGAGUCAUGGAGGAGAUCAUGGGACAGAAAAGAUGAUACAAAAGACGAAUUUUGGAAUGCGCUAAAACCAAACUACCUCUACUUAAUGGAUAGUAAUUUAAUCGACAGUUGCAAGGAAGCGGGUCGGGACUUGCACUACGGACCGUCACCGACCCACGACUGGAGCUUCGAGCAGUUCUGCACGCAAUUCACAGAACUUGAUCUAUGGCUCACAAGUAUCCAGGAAACAAUUUACUCUAAGGAAGAAAAUGUCACCGAUAGAAACUUAAGACUGAGUCACGUUGAAGAAAUGCACCGUAAGACAUACAAGAGGAAAGUAUUCAACAAUCAGGGCGGACGGUUGGCAGCCAGGUUCCCAGAGCUGAAGGAUGAUGUCAAGUGGCGGAUGGCACACCUGAACCGCAAGUGGGAGAGACUGGAGCAGACGGUCACUCCGCGCAAACGCUCUCAUCCGGACCACCUCACACAUGCCAUAGAUGUGGAACAUGAGCUCAACUGCCUUAGAAAAUGGUUAAGGCUGACUGAACGAAGACUGCUACCUCUCAACUUCCGUGCUACAUGGACGUUGUCAGAAUUAGAAGUUAAGGCUAAAGAACAUCAGGUGAUCCAGCGUGAGGUGGAGUUGCACGGUAAGAUCGUGUGCUCGGUGCUCAAGCGCUGCGACAGGCUGGUACAGGUGGAGGCGGAGGCAGGAGUCGCCUCGCCGGUCAAUCUUCCUUCGCGCGGUCGUCGCUUCGACUCCAACCAAGCCAUCAAGGCAGCCCGCGACCUCGAGAGACGCUGGCAGUACCUCUACAUCCGCAGUCUCGAGUGGCUCUGUCACAUAGAGAACGAGACCAAACGGGCCAAGAACAAGAGCCCUGUGUCUGUGAGCGUGGUGGACAGUGACGAAGGAGAGCCUGUACACAAGUACCCACGUCUGAGCUGCAGUCCCUGGCCAGACCAACACUCCACCACUGAGUUCCAUGAUGUGGAUGGAGACUAUGUAAUGGACGUAAGCUCAGCUGGCGAGAUGGUGGGAUCUCAGAGUGACCUGAAUCUCUCACUCCCCCCCUCCUCCUGUAAGUCCCCUUCGCACUCCUCCCUCAUCAACCGCUCUGGCUCCAUGCAGAUCCCAGCUGAGGAGGAUGUUAUCAACGAGAACUUCCCCUUCCACAAGUCCAGUGGGUUCGACAGUCACACCAGACGUCAGAGUGAGCCCGCACGGAAACUGUUUCCAGAUGAGACUUCAUUUACACGGUCCGAACGCCCUGCACGAAAUUAUGCCACAUUUUAUUCAAAACAUCCGGAUACGGAAUCAGAACGAGAGGAAGGAUUGAUGGAGACCGACACUAAGAACUCGGAUGUGUCCUCAGAAGAAGAUGAGUGGACGUACAAGCCUGGCGUGGAUGGUGAGGACUCACCGGUCCUGAAUGAUGACAGUUCCCUUUGCCACUCGACGGAGACUCUGUCAUCUGUACCCAAAUCGGUCAAACCACAGGUGGAGCCACUCACAAAGCCCAAGCUUAAAAAGCUGAUCGAGGGUGCAGAGGUGAUAGCCCACUCAUCACCGACACGCAGUCAACGCAACUUCCUGCCCUUGAUAUUUGAUUCCACAAGGUCAAAAUCCAAAGUAAGCGACUGGAUGAGAUUAGGCUGGGAUCCUGAAGAUGGGAAAACUCAGGGGGAGAGUUGUGAUGCCAGUGGGGAAUACACCACAGAGGAAGAGGGUCACUCUGCCCAUUCGUCUGGGGACUUCCACACUAGUGUCAUCAACUGCCACCAGAGUGCAGAGCUGAUACCUACAUUAGACAGUCCUGUUGUUGAUAAACCUUCCCCCUCCACCAUUAUGUCAAGUUCUUCUGACCAAUUCAAAAUAUCAUCUGUGGUUCUGAGGACCAAGAGGAAGGAUGGAACACCGAAACGGCCACUGAGCGAGUCCGGAUUGCCGCAACUGCCUCCUGGUAUGGAAGAUGACAAGUUACUUCAGUCACGUUCUGAAUCUGCUUUGCAUCAGAUGGACAACACCCCUACUCAGAGUGUGAAGAUGGACACAUCUAUGCACGGAACUCUCUCGUCCUCAACCACAGUGGAGGAGAUGCCAAGUCAGACUCAGGAGGGCAGUGGUGGAGGCUACAGCUCCAACUCCUUACGAAGGAGAAAAAUAAAACUCCGGAAGAGGAACCUGGGGAGAAAGAGUGACUCAGGAUCAGAUGGACACGACCCACCAUCACCGCUAAGGUGUGGGCCUGCGAUACGCCGAGUACCAACAAGUGGCACCGAGACAGAGGAAGAGGUCGAGGGGGAAAGCAAGUUGCGGUCAGUGCGCAGAAAGCUUAUUCCACCUGCCAAUUUCCGGCUUGGUCCAGACAAUGGAGUUGUUACAGUGUACAGUUGCGCAGACAAGGCACUGUCUGCCGAUAGUUCAUUUUCAGAACAAGCUUGGGAUAACUACCAGGAAAAGUAUAUGAGUGAGGCGUACAGUGAAGAAACGCCAGACCAAGAAACGACCCGCCGACUUUUAGAGUUUGGUGACGACUACCGCAAUUAUCUGGACAGCCAGUCCGACGGCGCCUCCAGCCUGGGCUUUCCUCGUCCAGGUUUCAAUCGGAGGCGUAGACAGUUGGCAGUGGACAGGGAGAGCCUGGGCUUGGACAGUGACUCUGAGGGUCAAGAGGUUCGCAACCUCAUCACCAAGUCUCAAUCACAGCUCACCUUCUCUGAGCAAGCCUGGGUUCACCUCUCUAACGCCAACUCUCUUCUCGUCUUGGCCAAGGAUUUUGCGGAGAUUAUAUCGACAUGUAAAGAUAACAUAGGAGUUCUGAAGAUAUUUUUGGAAAGCGUCGGGAAGGACAAUGAAUUCGUAGAGGAGUGUCGAGAAAUUAGGGGGCUGAUGGAGAGAUGGGAAUCGCUGGAGGGGCGGUCGGAGGAGCUACAGAAGGCGCGAUCGCUGCAGCGAGAGAUGGGAGCAUUGCGAGAGGAAUUGCUGGAGCUGACACGACGUGUUACAGCUACAGAGAGUGAUAACCUGCAAGACAGGGACCAACUGGACCUCCAUAUACUCAACAUUAAGGGUGAGCAAGCUAACCUAUCUCAGCGUAAGAAGCAGCUGUUGGAGAUCAACACUGCUGUACACAAGUUCUUCACAGACUCUGGUCAGAAGGGCGGAACCAUCGAGGCUGCUGCAAGGCUCAAAGAUGAUGUCAAGGAUCUCUACUUUGUCUGGGAUGAGACCAACAAAAGAGUGAGUCAGCAGUUGGAGAGGUUGACUCAGUUGUCAGCAGCGUGGCAGACAUUUGAGAGCCACUUGGCAGAACUGCAGGUAGCUCUCCGGGGUGACCAGAACACUCUGAGGUUGCUGCACUCUGCCUUGCAGCAGGGACCUGUGUCUCAGGACGUAGCGUCCUCCGUCAUUGAUGUUGCUAAGGUUCUAUCAGAGAAACAGGACUUGUGCUUCCAGAGUGUGUGUGCACUGAACAACACUACUCCAGUGAUUCUGUCCCUGCCUGCCAGCACCGAGGGUUCCCUAUCCGACUCUGGAAUCUCGGACUCUGGGUCGGAGCAGGAGAGUGAGCGAGAACGCCGCCUGAGUGCCGUACGCCGCCUAGCCCGCCAACUAGAGGCAGUUCUCAGUCCCAACAGUCAGGCUAUCAGAGACAUGGCCAAGAGAAUAGAGCAGACGGAGAAUGAGCUGCGAGGGCUACAGAAGACCUGCCGGGAGCUGAUAGUGAGGACAGCUGUGUGUGCUGAUGCCAGGAUACAGCAGCAGGACUCUCCCUCACCCUCGCCCUCUCUCGUCAACAGGAGCAAGCGGGGUGCGAGUGGGCCGCAGAGUUUCCUGGUGCCGGACGACGAUGACGACGAUCCUGGUCCUGGCAAGAGGUCUGCCGGCUGGCUCUGGCGGGUCAUCCGCGCAGCGCUACCCUUCCAGAUGGCCAUCCUCGCCAUCUUCUGUGUGGCCUGUCUUCUAGAGCCCCACUGUUGUGACAACAUCAACAACCUCAACUUCUCGCUCACCCCUCAGUUGCGCUACGUGCGUGGUCCCCCUCCCACCUAGACGCGGACCAUCUUACUCUUAACUUUCGCAUAGUUUUUGAAUUUAAUAUUUUAAUCUAUAAGUAGGAUUAUAUUAAUCUUAAUUUGUACUCGAAGAUGAAAUGAAUGCAAUCGUUCUGUGCUCUCCUUCACGCGUUCUGUUCGUGACUUAUUUUAUUAAUAAAAAGUAUACCCAGUGUUACUAAUUUUGUUCCUAUGUCUUUCACACUGGUUAUAAGGCUGCAAAACUGUCACUUUGUCAAAUUACUUGUGUACUGAUUAAAAUAGACGUUAGGAAUUCCCUAGACACUUAAUUAUAUAAAGAUCGCGAGGUCCUGUUUUGUAAAUAACUAAAAUAUUCUGUGAAUAUUUCGUUUACUUUUAUAUUAAAAACAUUAUUGUUUUUACUUUGUUUCUUCCAAGAUAUUGUUGUACUGAAGUAUAUUUCACAUGUAUUUUAUAUGUAAUAGUGUAUCUCUCUAUUAUGAUGUUUGUCUUGAAACUUUACAAUCAAUCAAUGUUGGAUAGGGCGAAUUGACAAGUUUUCAUAAUAAUUAUGUAAGGUUGAAUAUUAUUGUAAUGGAAUUGCAUUCAUUUGUAAAGAGAUAUGUAAAAAGUUAAUGUGAUAAAAGUAAGAAAAUCGUGUUGUAUUAACAAUUUUGACUAUCUGGUUUCCUCUUAAUAAUUAAUGAAGGUUUCUUGUAUUAAUAUCGUUUGGUUUUGUUUGUGUCACGAAGAUGGCCAAUAAGUGUUAGAGUAACGGAGAGCCUUAGUGAGGGUUGUGCCUUGCACUGUAUGUGAUUGUUUGUGUGUUGUGCAUGAUACAGGAAAUGUUCAACUGAAAGGUAAAUUAUUUUAUGUUGUAGCUGGUAGCACACCAGAUUAGAUUGUCAGUGAGUAAGUGAUUGUAAAUUAACUUCGGUGCCAUCAUCAAUUACAUUUUUUUGAUUUCCAUAAAAUAAUUUAUCUUCAGUUGCGUAGUGUAGCGUGUGUACGUGUAACCUAGAUACACUAGUGUACACUCUCAUGUUACGUAGGUUAGCCUGCUUGUCCUGGACUGUACUGCUCGGUUGGUGUAAAUAUUUUUCUACUCCUGAAGUCUGCAACAAUAGCCAAGCAAGCCACAUUCCUGACACUGCCCGCGGGAACAUUGCCCCAAACUCGUUUUACAAUUGGACCACUCGGGAAAUGAAUGUAAUAAAACUGAAUGUGAUAAGUAUUAUAUUUGUGAUUGUGUUACUGAUUACACAAAUAAGAGUAUUUUGUAUUACAACAAAUUUAUUUUUUAGGUGUAGCCAAGAAUUUAGAAUUAAUGAAAGCUGGUGAGGUUCAACAAUCGGAGCCUUUGGUAAGUAAUUUAUUGAACUCAAGAGCUGAAAAUGUCAUAUUGUGUUUUUAUUGAUGUAACUGUAGUUACCAGAAUUACAAAUUCAAGUUUUAAGUAAGGUUAUCUUGUAAACACCACAAUGUCAUUUUUGUAACAUUGUAAAACAUUGCAUUUUUAUUGUAAGUUUUGUAAUUUGUUCUUAAUUUUUAUAGACAAUACCAUUUUUGUUAUUAAUUUCUUUUUGUUUUUUAUCUCGUCCCAAGAAAUAUUUUAUUGUUUUUCUUCUGAAACAUGUUAUUUUUGUUUUGUUCCUAAUUAGUUUUUAUAACUUUAUUGAUUUUGUUAUAUGAGUAAAAUAUUUAUAUACAUUAGAAGUAUUAAGACAACUAAAAACAUUGGUCUUCCCCAAAUUUUUAUAAAACACUAGAGAUUUAUUGAAAGGGGAUAAGGGUUAUUUGCACAAUAUUGAAGUAUUUAGAUUUUUUACUGAAUUUUUAUUACUCGUAGUUUAUAUAAUAUAUUUGAUGAAUUAAAUUGUUUCUUUUCUUUAAAAUACCGAUGUACUGUACAAAAAAAAACUAUACAAAUAGCAAACUGCAAAACAAAACACCACCAGGUCACCCCUUAUGAAAUGAUAAACAACUAUAAACCUCAACUAAAUACUACUAAGACACUACUAAGUUUUCUAUCUUUGCUAGAGUUGUGUUGUGGUAGCCAAGACCUAAAAGGGAAAAUAAAUAAAAAAAAUUGUAAAUAA